GCGUGACCCAAAGCCCAAAACAAUAGGAGCCCAAUAGAGGGUUAGGGUUUCAUCUUUAUAAUCUUAUCGUUUAGGGUUUCUCUCUAUUCCUCAGAACCAGUAUCGCCAGCUUCCAAAUCAACCAUGGUUGUCAAGCUCGAGGUAUGCCGUUUCAGUGGUGCAAAGAUAUACCCUGGAAAAGGUAUCAGGUUUGUUCGUGGGGACUCUCAGGUCUUCCUCUUUGCUAACUCUAAAUGCAAGAGGUAUUUCCACAAUCGACUCAAGCCAUCUAAGCUUUGCUGGACUGCUGUGUACCGGAAGCAGCACAAGAAGGAUAUAUCUGCUGAAGCGGUGAAGAAGAGGAGAAGAACAACCAAGAAGCCAUACUCUAGGUCGAUCGUUGGUGCUACAUUGGAGGUGAUUCAAAAGAAGAGAAGCGAGAAGCCAGAAGUCAGAGAUGCUGCAAGGGAGGCUGCUCUUCGUGAAAUUAAAGAAAGGAUAAAGAAAACUAAGGAUGAGAAGAGGGCAAAGAAGGCUGAGGUGACCGCCAAGGCACAGAAGGUUACUGGAAAAACAAAGGGUGCAGCACCCAAGGGUCCCAAGCUUGGAGGUGGAGGUGGAAAACGAUGAACUGCUCAUCUCAUCUAGCAUUAGCUUUGCAGUCGUUCAAAGAGGAAAGUGCAGUUUUGUGUUUGAAUAUGUUUGGAAUUAAACGUUUCAUAUUUGCUAUUGAUAUCUAUGAAUUUUGAGAUUUGUUUCUGUUGUGAAAGAUUUAUAUCUUUUAGUCCAUCUAAAUCUGUGUUUUAUUUUGUGCUACAAAUUAUUGCUGCUUUUUUGCAGCUAAUAGCAAAUUCUUUGGAUACUU